AUGUCAAUUUUAACUUUUAUCGAAAUAUUUCUUGUUUUAUAUAUUACAUACUUUUACUUUCGUUAUUUUACUCGUCCAAACCCUCUUUAUGGCCCGUUUCCGUUACCAUUUAUUGGUACACUUUUUCAAAUUGGCACAAACCCUCAUAAUUGGAUUGAAAAAAACAUAAAAUAUUCUAAAGGAAAUGGAAUCUGGGAAUUUUACAUUGGUCAUCUACGAGUUAUAGCGAUAGGCGACGCAAAAUAUCUCGAUAAAAUAUAUCUGUCAUAUAAUGAAUCAAAGUGCCUAUCAAGAGAAUCAAAAUUUUUUAAACGCAGUAUUGCAGCUUCUGAUGAUAUUGGCAUGAUAAAAGGCACGAUAUUUAACAAUGAUUUUCAUAAGUGGAAACGAAACCGACAAUUUGUUACUAAGGUUUUGUUGUCAAAAAAAUACCAUCUUGGAUUCAUAGACAGUGUUCAAAAUUUAUUUAAAGAAUUUGAAAAACAAUGGGAUAAUGGUGUUAUAUUGGAUUUCCCUACAUGGGUGAGCCAUUACAAAACGCAAAUAACUGUUGAAACAGUCAUUGAAAAACUAUCAUAUAGUACAGCAUCAAUUUAUACAAUUUCUAAAGCAGCAGCAGAAUAUGUAGCCAUGUUUGCUUUCUUGAUGUUUGUACCAAAAUGUGUAAGCAAUAUCGUUUUGAAUCUUGGAUUUAGAACCUCGAAGCAGAAUAGCAUAUUUUUGAAUGGGACAUUAGACCAUAUGAUUCAAGAACGAAGAGAUGAAAUAGCAAAUGGAUCAACAAUAAGUGAAGAACCUAUGGAUAAUGAAGAAAUUAGAAUUAAUCUUGCCGAAAUUACCUCUACUUUUAUUGAAACGACCAGUUCAUCACUUUAUUUUCUUAUCUAUAAUGUUGCCAAAAAUCCAUCAAUCCUUGAAAAAAUUCGCAAAGAAAUUACCGAAAUCUUUAGUUCAGGCACAAACAAAGUUGUAACUUAUGAAAAUCUUGAUAAAUGUCAUUAUAUAGCAGCAUUGAUCAAAGAAAUAUUACGCCAUACAACUCCUGCACCAUACAAUAUACGGGUUCUUGAAGGUGAAGAAAACACGGAUAAAUAUCAUUGGUCAUCUGGAACAUGGUUUUUGAUUGAUAAUCAUCAAAUAAUGAAUAAUUCUAUUAAAUGGAAUAAACCAAGAAAGUUUAAUCCCGAUCGAUUUCUUAGUGAAGAACACGGAGGCACAGGCGAGUUUAAGAUGAGGAAGGAUGAUUUUGUACCAUUCGGCGGAGGUUUAAGAAAAUGUCCUGGAAGAAAUGUCAUAUUAAUUGAGUUAAAACUGCUCGUAGUUUUAAUUUACAGGAAGUAUAAUAUCGAUGCUAGUGAAAUUCAGCUAGAACAAUCACCCUAUGUAACCCAAACUAUUGAAUUACCUCCAAAAGAAACUCCUGAUAUAAAUGAGAAUCAAACUACUUCUAUUACUGCAUCAAAAGCAAGAAAGGGAAGAAAAAAUAGAUUCAAAAAUCCUGCUACCGCAGCUGAAUGGGAUUCUGUUGCAUACGAAAGCUCUACUACCUGGGAUUCGGCCACAAUUAGAAAUUCACCUAAUUCAUCUGAUUGUGAAUCGGUUGUAAAUAACAAUUCGAUUUCUUCAUCUAGAUGGAAUAACAAUUCUGCUGCUUCAUCCGAGUGGGAUUCUUUGGGCUCGGUUCCAAACAAAAGUUAUGCUACCACAUAUCGUUGGAGCUCUAAUGGUAAUUAUAAUAAUUAA